CCACGGCAACAUCACACCCAAUUACAACGUCAGAAACUUCCGCCUCGCCUUACGGCUAUCCACAAUGGGCAACCCCGCCCUGUUUCCGUAGGUUCCUUGGCUUCUCGCCUAGCUUCUUCCGUGUGAUGACAUCACUUAGUAACCACCAAUGACCGUGAAGCUUCUCCCGAAGCCCCGCCUACCGACCUCUGUCACUUGCAGUCCAGGAAGCGUUUAGCUUCUCGUAGCUACGUUACUGCUCCGGCCUCUCGGAAGUCAUGGCGGCGAGUCAGCAGUGGGUGUUGGUGGAGAUGGUGCAGGCCUUCUAUGAGGCACCUGCCUAUCACCUGAUACUGGAAGGGAUUCUUAUUCUGUGGAUUAUUCGACUCAUAUUUUCCAAGACUUACAAACUCCAAGAGCGAUCCGACCUUACAGAAAAGGAAAAGGAAGAGUUAAUUGAUGAGUGGCACCCUGAACCUCUUGUCCCUCCUGUCUCUAAAGAUCACCCUGGUUUCAAAUAUAACAUUGUUUCGGGCCCUCCAAACCACAAGAUUGUUGUCAACGGAAAAGAAUGUAUCAAUUUCUCAUCUUUCAAUUUCCUUGGCCUUCUUGAUAAUGAUAGGGUUAAGAGUGCAGCAUUGACAUCACUUAGAAAAUAUGGUGUUGGAACAUGUGGUCCAAGAGGGUUUUAUGGUACAUUUGAUGUACAUUUGGAACUAGAAGAAAGACUAGCCAAAUUUAUGCGGACAGAAGAAGCAAUUAUUUAUUCCUAUGGCUUUGCCACCAUUGCAAGUGCUAUUCCAGCUUACUCAAAGCGAGGAGAUAUAGUAUUUGUGGAUGAAGCUGCAUGUUUUGCUAUUCAGAAGGGGCUACAAGCAUCAAGAAGCAACAUUAAGUACUUCAAGCACAAUAAUAUGAGUGACUUGGAGCGAUUGCUAAAAGAACAGGAACUAGAAGAUCAAAAGAAUCCACGUAAAGCCAGAGUGACCAGACGAUUUAUUGUUGCCGAAGGACUCUAUAUGAACACCGGUGACAUCUGUCCUCUUCCAAAACUGGUUGAGUUAAAAUACAAAUACAAAGUAAGAAUAUUCCUUGAGGAAAGUCUCUCGUUUGGCGUUUUAGGGGAACAUGGACGUGGAGUUACUGAACACUUUGGUAUAAAUAUUGAUGACAUUGACUUGAUAAGUGCGAAUAUGGAGAAUGCUCUUGCUUCCAUCGGAGGUUUUUGCUGUGGCCGAUCAUUUGUUAUUGAUCAUCAAAGACUAUCUGGACAAGGGUACUGUUUUUCAGCAUCUCUUCCCCCUUUGCUGGCUUCCGCUGCUAUUGAAGGUCUCAACAUUAUGGAGGAAAACUCAGAAAUAUUCUUCACUUUAAAAGAAAAAUGCCAACGAAUUCAUAAAGCUUUGCAAGGUUUUGAAGGUUUAAAGGUUGUCGGUGAGAACUUCUCAGCUGCCUUUCAUCUGCAGUUAGAAAAAAGCACUGGAUGUCGGGAAAAAGACACAAAACUGCUACAAGAGAUAGUAGAUCACUGCAUGAAUAGGAAAAUUGCAUUAACUCAAGCACGUUAUUUGGAAAAAGAGGAGAAAAAUCUCCCACCACCAAGCAUAAGAGUGAUAGUGACUGUCGAGCAUACAGAUGAAGAACUGGACAUGGCUGCCUCCAUUAUAAAGCAGGCAGCCACUUUGAUACUAAAUUAAUUUAUCUUUUUGUGAGUUGAUACAUUUCUAAUAAAUUAAGGACACCCUAAGGAUGACAAGCUCUUGUUUAGUAUGACAAAUCCAGAGAGAAGAUGCUACGUAUGUAGCUUUACAGCGCAUACAUUCCAGGUCUAAGGGAGCAAAAAGACUGGAAAAAAAAACUAGCAGAAAGCCAAAUAAUGGUGCAUGUACAUAUUAUGUCAUGGACCCUUUUAGUACUGUUAUGCUGGGAUUUUUUCUUCUUCUUUGUUUACUUUCAGAUUUAUAUAAAAAUAUCCCCCACAAGAAAAGUGAAUGGAAACCAAUGUUUAUUAUAAUAUUUUUUUUUCUAUUGUAAGCUGGAACAAAAGAAUUAAAUCUUCCGUCUUGUUCAUUGUACUAAAGAAACUUCCUACUGCUAUCUAAAGGACAUGUAUAUUUAUAGAUAGUUUCUGUGCAUAUUACUUUGAUAGGUAUUUGCUUCUAUAUAAAUAUGUACUUAUAUGCAAAUGGAUACAUGCAAAUUUUAUAUGUUGGGAAUUUUCCAAUAAUUAAGAUAUGAAAACCCAACUAGUCAGCAGGUUUUUGGUGUAUUAACAAAGCUUAUGGCUAUAUAGGGCAAUUGACUCCCACCCAAAAGCCCAGUAAAGUUCAUCCCAUCCACUUGUGAGCAAUGGCUCUUGGGCUGCUUGUAUCCUCCUCUGAGAGGCAAUGCUAAGUGGAUGAGAUGAACAUUGCCAGGCUUUUGCAGCACAGGGGAACAUCCCCUGAGCUUUUAAGGCUAACUUUCAAAUCCAUUCAAAGCAUUAGGGGUCAAUUAUCAAAACAAAGGUAUGCAUGGAGUCUGUGUCAGAAUCACUAUAGGGUCAUGACCUUAGUUUAUACACCAAAAACCUCUUGACAGGUCUACUUUAAAGAGAGGUUAAGGAGAUCUUAUCCUACAAACCUGAGUAUCACUAUUUUAUAUUCCUGACUGUGUUAAAAACACUGGCUAAAAUGAUAUAGAAUAACUGUUUUUUUUUAUAAACUAAUAAUUCUUCUUCUUACAAUUAUAUCAUUUUUUUUUUCUUAAUCUUUCGUAACCAUAAAGCUAAACAGAUUACACUCCCAUAUAUGUAUUUAUCUAAACACCAUAGUUUGCAGCAUAUAUGAACACAGAGCCACAAGGAUUUGCUGUCAAGUUUUGAUGGGGCAUGAUUUUAUGCUUCCAAUCAUGAUACAGAGCUAUGGUCUGUGCGAUAUGUGAAUACACACAAUUUUACUAUUGUAAAACUUGUCAAUACCAUAGCUGAGAGCUGCUUCUCUCUAUCUACGCGAUUAUUAUUUGUUUUUGGAAUACAUGCACAUUAUGGCAUUCAUCUGUUUUACAAAUAUUACCCAAGUAUGUCACAUUCCGUGUAAGGAAGAAAAAUUUGCUACUUUCUGACCAUUUUUAAGUUAUUUAGUCACUUGAAGGUGCAAGAUGGAAGUAACAUCCACAUUUCUGCCUGGCAUAUGUUUACAAAGGUUUAGAGAAAGUAAGUAUGUCAAUAAGUAUGUCAGUAAGAAGGAAAGACCCUGUCACCUGUACUAGAGAUUUGAUAUCUUCUUACCAUCUUGUAAAGGACAAUGCAGAAAACCAUUCAGGGCCUUCACAAUGAUCUCAUACAUACACGGUUAGUGAUCAUGAUGGCAGCUACUCAGAAACUUUUAGUAAGUUACUUCAUACCGUCUUUAUUUAUUUUUUUCCCAGUGUAUGAUGUUGUCUGCCUGCCAUGUCUAUUUUUAUAAAGACAUUAUACACAAUAUUUGUAACCAGAGAUUUAUAUUUGUUAGUUAAACCUUCUGUGUUACUUUUAAAUCUUUCUUAUGUUAUAACAAUGUGCUGCCUGUAUUUGUAACUCUGAUAGAUUUUAUUAUAUCCACUUACAAAAUAAAUUGUCAUUCAAAAGUGGAAUUUCCCAUAUUAAACCUGCAUUAGAAUUUCAGUAACCUUAUGUACAUUUUGUUUUUAUUUUACGGACAGCUAAUUUUAUUCUAUUAGAAAGGAAGGAACAGUGGAAGCUGAUAUUGCAGAUACAAUUAUCGCUAAACUUAGUAAAAGGAGCAAUUAUAGGAUUUGCUUUAGGUUUUGUACUUGGUAGCUAUACUGACCAACGUUCUAGCUGCCAUCUCCCACUGUCGCUUCAUGAAAGUAGACAGAGUGAAAUGGUAUUAGCCCUGUCAUGUGUCCUAAAUAACUGUUUCCAAGAAUAGUAUGAAUAUUGAGCAGAGUUUACUAGCAGCUAUAUAUAUAUGAAUGAAGAAAAAUAUAAUAAAUAACAAAUAUAUAUAUAUACUGUAAAACUAAGUAUCUGUAAAGUUGCUCAACUUUGUCAGUAGGAUUAAACAUUUUGUUGCUUCCGUUUUAUUGCACUUCAAAAACAUAGGGCAAUAGUUUCCUCAGUUUUGUUUUGCGAGUUGCAAUGGUCUAUCUGAUGGUCUUAUAAUAAAAAUGCACAUUUAUUUAGUUAGCUAUAGUAACUGUCAAUAAAAGAAGUAUUGUUAUACCAUCAUAAACCUAUGGUAAAUAAGCUUUUAAAGAAUCAGUUGUAAUUACUGACAUUUUGUACUAAAUUUUGUUUGAAUUUUUUAAAACGUGCCUUUUUGUUGCUGCUAAAAAUAAACGUAAAUGCUAGAAUUGGAAUAAAAUUUUUGUUUAAAUAAAGU